AUGUCUCUCAAGAACGACAACUUCCCUUCCUCGGCCGCUUUUGACGCCAUCAACGCCGCCAUCAAUGCCAGCGACGCCGACCGCGCGGACGCCAUCAAGCAGGGCAACGGCGUGUACGCCUUCGUCCUCAAGAACGCGAGCGGCGAGGAGGCUAGCUGGCACAUCGACCUCAAGAAGACGGGUGCUGUCGGCACCGGAGUUGGCGCCAAGCCUGAUGUCACACUGAGCCUCUCAGAGGAGAACUUUGGCAAGCUCGUCGAGGGCAAGGCCAAUGCCCAGCGCCUCUUCAUGGGCGGCAAGCUCAAGGUCAAGGGCAACGUCAUGAAGGCGACCAAGCUGGACCCCGUGCUGAAGAAGGCCCAGACAAAGGCCAAGCUGUAA